AUGACAGAUAAACUUCCUCCCAACCUGCUCGCUCUUUUCCAGCCGCGACCUCCUCUGCGCUACAUCCCCCCGCAAGACACUGCCCCCGAAGAACGAGCUGUGAAGACGUCGCAACUGUCUGGGAUUGCAGCAUUCCUACCUCAGUUUCAAGAGUACAAGGAGACAGAUGAAUAUCACCCCACAGAGUCAUGGCUGCAACAGCGCGAUCGGAAACGAUUGGAGAAACAAAAGUGGCUGGAGCAAAUGAAAGAUGAGAACUUUCAAGGAUACAAGCCAAGGGAAGACCCAAAGAUCAAAGGUGAUGCCGAAAAGACUCUGUUCGUGAGCCGCCUAAGCUACGACGUCAAAGAAUCAGACUUGGAACGUGAAUUUGGAAGGUUUGGCCCAAUCGAACGAAUUCGAAUUGUCAAGGAUGAGACAACUCCCAAACCCAAAAAACCGCAUCGUGGUUAUGCCUUCAUCGUCUACGAACGUGAAAAAGAUAUGCGAGCCGCCUACAAAGAAUCAGAUGGUCUACGAAUCAAAGAUCGCAGAGUGGUUGUCGAUGUGGAACGCGGUCGAAUGGUACCUGGAUGGAGACCUCGAAGAUUUGGUGGUGGCCUAGGAGGAAGAGGGUACACGAAACAAGCUCCUGCCAAACCGACCUUUGGAGCCCCGCAAGCUGGGUUCGGAGGAGGCUUCCGCGGCGGUUUUGGAGGCCGAGGUGGUUUCCGAGGAGGCUUCCGUGGCGACCGAGGCGGCUACGGUGGACGAGGUGGAAUUGGCUAUCAAGGGGGCGGCGGAUUCGGUGGUCGACAAGGAGGUUAUUCGAAUGGACCUCCACCACCAAACGCGCCCAGUGGUCCUGGCGGUCGCGGUGGUUACGGCGGAGGUUACGAAGACCGGCGCAAUGGCUAUGGAGGUGACCGGGGUGGUACAGGAAGCAAUCAAGACCCUCUUGGUGGCCGGGAUCGAGGGUAUGACCGAGAUCGUGACCGGGAUCGCAACCGAGAUCGAGAUCGCGACCGCGACCGUGAUCGAUACGGCGGAGGUCGAAGAGACGACGACUACAGCUCGAGAAAGCGACACCAUGACAAUGACGGUUACGACGAUCCGAGACAGAGACGGCGUUAUUGA